AUGGUGUACGACUCAUUGGCACUCAUCGCCCGCUUUAUGAUGUUUUUGAAAGUUCUGCUCCAGGAGGUCUGGCAAGCAUCAGUAGGCUGGAAUGACCCGAUUGAAGAUCCGCAGUAUGAGAAAUGGUUGGCAUGGCUUGCGAUCUUCCCGCAGAUAGCAACAAUUGAAAUCCCACGCUGCUAUCGAACUCUAACACCCAGUGGAAUAGCUACCGUAGUACAAAUGCAUACUUUCGUCGAUGCAAGCGAAAAUGGCUUUGCUGCAGCAGUGUAUCUACGGUUCGAGAACGCUGAUACUGUUGAAUGCGCAUUGGUUAGCGCGAAAACAAGAGUUGCGCCGCUUAAGUUCUUGUCAAUUCCGCGGUCCGAGCUUCAAGCUGCAGUAAUCGGCGUGCGAUUAGCUGAUACAAUAUCAAAAUCACUUUCAAUCCACGUCAGUCAGCGGAUGUUUUGGACGGAUUCCAAAGAUGUACUCUGUUGGCUCCACUCCGAUCAUAGACGAUACAACCAAUUUGUCGCAUUCCGUGUCAGCGAAAUCCUUGAGACGACGGAUGUUUUUGAGUGGCGAUGGGUACCGACGAAACAUAAUGUCGCUGACGAAGGAACGAAGUGGAAACGAGCCCCGAACUUAGCCAGUGACAGCCGCUGGUUUCGUGGGCCAAAGUUCCUUGUCCUCGACGAAGAAAACUGGCCCGUGAAUCCGUUUCCUAAAGAAACUACCGAGAUAGAGCUUCGACCACAUCUACUCCUCCACACAAAACCUAUUGAUCCGGUAAUUGAUUCACACGACUUCUCAAAAUGGACUGACCUGCAACGUGUGACCGCGUACGUUCUGCGAUACAUGAACAAUCUGAAGCGCAACUGUCAUGGAAAACCGCAAGCGUCUGGACCACUAACAAGAAAGGAUUACGUCGACGCAGAAAAUCAUCUGUUCCGCCGUGCUCAGUUCGCUGCUUUCACAGACGAGAUAGCUAUCCUCUUAAAGAACCGUUCGUUGGCGAACCCAGUUAAAACGAUUUCCAGAUUUAGCUUGCUAUAUGAUUGGUGUGCUUUUCUGGACGAAAACGACGUGCUUCGUGUAAACGGUCGAACAAAAGCAUGUGUAUUCAUCGAUCGCAACGCAGCCGAACCAGUAAUUCUACCCCGUGAUCAUCCUGUAACGCGCCUCAUCAUUUCUGACGUUCACGAGCGGUUCAAUCACCAGAAUCACGAAACAGUUGUGAACGAGAUACUACAACGCUACCGUAUUCCUCGUUUGAAAGCAGCGUACAACAAGAUCCGGAAAGACUGUCAAAAUGCAAAAUAA